AUGAAUGGCAGCCGAUUGGUUUUCUUCCUGCUUGCAGGAUUGUUCCAUAAUGAUAUUACAGCUCUGGUCAAAACCCAGCACACCUGGGUAGCAAAAGCAGGAGAUGAUGCUCAACUCAGCUGUCAGUUUCUGAGCACUAACUGUGUCCAGGAGGUCGUGUGGCGGAAGGUCACGGGGAGUACGACGCGCAACGUUUCCUCCUACAGCAUCUUUUCUGGUCAAAAAGUGUAUCCACCCUUUAAAGAUAAGGUUCAGUUUGCACACAGUGGACUUAAGAACAACUCCAUCAUCAUCAAGAAUGUAACAGAGCAGGAUGUCGGAUGUUAUCUCUGCCUGUUCAACGCCUAUCCUUUGGGAAACCUGACAGCUGAAACCUGUCUGAGGUUUAAUGAGCUGCAUGGACCCUUCAUUGUUGUCAGAAGAUCAGAAAUUCCCCCAGGGUCACGUGUGAUCUGUUCAGCCACAGGUCAGCCGGCUCCCACUGUGACGCUGAUUGUGUAUAUGACCUUCUUCUCCCACUACAGCACCAGCUCAAAGACCAACACCAACGGCACCGUCACCACCACAGCUCUGCUCUCAGCUGUCAGCAGCACACAGGUUGGAUGUUCAGUGGAAGUGGACUUUACUGAUCCCAGAGUGCUGCUGGUCACCGUUCCUGGAUUCACCGGGUCGGCUAAACAAGUCCCAGAAUGGACGCUGACUUUUAUAUUCCUGAUGCUGCUGCUGUAUAUUUGUUUGUCGACUCCGAAGGAGAUAUCAGAACAGGUUCGGAGAAACAUCUCGGCCUGCGAACAUCUGAAGAACAGAGACAAAACCAUCGAGUCCCAUCCAUAA